GUUAGAUGAGGAACAGACAAAACAAUGCGCCACUGUUGGAACCGUUUACGUGGUCUCUGCUGCCCUCUUCAGGUGAAACCAGCGGCCCCCCCACCCGGACACACAGUGACCAGUGCGGGAGGAGUCACAUUUCCCUCCACAUCACACAGGAAUCUCGUUGCAUCCCGAGAGCUCAUCAACACCAUGUCGCAGACGCACGAUGCACCUUCCUCCCUCCAACUAUGCAGGAUAAUGCGGCCAGAUGAUGCCAACAUUAUGGGUAACGUCCAUGGUGGCAUCAUCCUCAAGAUGAUCGAGGAAGCUGGAAACAUCGUGGGAAGCCGGCACUGCAACACACAGAGCGGGCAGGACAAUUGUGUGGCAACGCUGGCGAGGGUGGAGAAGACCGAGUUCCUGUCCCCCGUGUUCAUCGGUGAAGUUGUCCACGUCUCGGCAGAGAUCACUUACACCUCCAUGCACUCCCUGGAGGUUCAGGUCAACGUCAUGGCUGAGAACAUCUUCACAGGUGCAAAGAAGCUGGCCAACAAGGCAGCACUCUGGUACGUUCCCUGCUCUCUGAAGAACGUCGACAAGAUCAUGGAGGUGCCACCCAUUAAGUAUGCCAGUGCAGAACAAGAGGAGGAGGGCAGAAAGCGAUACGAAGCCCAGAAGAAUGAGAGACUGGAGACGAAAGCAAGAGUUGAGAAAGUGAUGCCACCUCUGCCAAACGCAGAGGAUGCACCAAAAGAGCGUUACACUGUUGGCUUCAGCCAGUCCAGUCUGAUCCAUCUGGUGAGCCCUUCAGACUGCACACUACUCGACUACGUUCAUGGAGGUGUGACCAUGAAGCUGAUGGAUGAGGUCGCUGGGAUUGUGGCAGCUCGACACUGCGGCACAUUUAUCGUCACUGCGUCUGUGGAUGCCAUUAACUUCCAUCGCAAGAUCAAGAAAGGCUGCGUGGUGACGGUGACGGGACGGCUCACGUUUACCAGUGCCAGAUCUAUGGAAAUUGAAGUGAUGGUAGAUGCGACUUCCCUGGUGGAGGAAGACAACGGGAAAUAUCGUGCCGUUUCAGCUUUUUUCACCUUCAUCUCCCUGGAUAAGGACAAUAAGCCUCUGCCUGUCCCCCCUCUUAAGGUUGAAGGAGAGGAGGAGCAGAGACUUUUCGAAGAGGGCAAAGCACGUUACCUCAACAAUAAAGCAAAGAGAAUGAAGGAGCGCCAGUAGUGACGACGGCUCACUGCAAUCAAACACCUGCAACAAUAAUAUCAAAUAAACCACACACAAUCUCCACAGUAGGAAGGAAUUAAAAUCCCCUUCCUCACGUUCUGUGACUUAACGCCUUUUGAAUUUAAAUCUGUUAUUUUUAUUUCUUGCAGUGUAAUGCAUUAAUUUGUGUACAGUAUAUAUGUAAUAGUACAUAUUUAAUUUUAGAACGAAUGCACUUAAAUUCAUGAAAUUUAUUCUGAUCGCUGUCAGCGUGAAGUGACACACUGAUUGUCUGCAGAGGCAAAAAUAGUAUUUUGUUUGCAGAACCUCUUUAACUCUAAGGACUAAAUGAUGAUAUCACUGCAACGGGAUACUCUCAGCGCAAGGGAAAGUAUGAAUAAUGAGUGAUUAAUAAUUAAUAAAAAGAUCCAAGUGUGAGUCUCAAGCUCUCGCCUCGU